UGUCCGCGAGUGGGAGAUGCCAACUGGGCAGCCCCCGAGUGGACCUCCUUUCCGGCCGCACCUAGGGUCUGGGCCGGACGGGGUCGGUGCCCAGCCCCGGGGCUCCACACCGGCAGAUGAGCUAGCCCCGGGCGGAGGGCACCGGCCGCGGUGCCGCCCGGUGCGCGCCGCUUCGCGCCCCCAGGUAGUCUGGCGACCGUCCCUACCCCCGCGGGCGCGCGCGGUGGUAGCGGCCGCGCGACGUCACCCAUUGUUUACAAAUCAACCCGAGCCGGCAGCGUUCCGGCUCCCGCGGCUCUCAGGCGCGCGGUGCGACUGCCCGGUGGUCCCGGCUUCCGCGUCCCAGGCCCGACCCGGGCCUCUCCCCCUCUCCCGCCCCAGCCGCGGCCCGCCGAGCCCGCGGGCAACCGAGCCGCCAGCGACGCCCACACAGCCGCGGGGGCCCGGGCGGGGGGCCAUGCCGUGCCGGAGGGAGGAGGAGGAGGAAGCCGGCGACGAGGCGGAGGGGGAGGAGGACGACGACAGCUUCCUCCUGCUGCAGCAGUCGGUGACCGUGGGCGGCUCGGCCGACGUGGACCGGCUCAUCGCCCAGAUCGGCGAGACGCUGCAGCUGGACCCGGCGCACGACGGCCGGGCCUCGCCGUGUGCCGCCCCGGCGCCCCCGCCCCCGCCCCCGCCCCCGCGGGUCCCGGCGGCGCCGCCCGCGGACCAGGCCCGGGCCCCGGCGAGGCGGCUGCCGCGUCCGGCGGUGCCUGCGGAGGCCGGGGACCCGGCGCCCCCGGGGGCCGUGCGCUGCGUGCUGGGGGAGCGCGGGCGCGUGCGGGGCCGGGCGGCGCCCUACUGCGUGGCGGAGCUCGCCGCGGGCCCCAGCACGCUUCCCGGGCCGGGGCGGCGGGGGUGGCUCCCGGGCGCCGUGGCAUCUCGGCGAAUCCAGCAGCGGCGGUGGGCCCCAGGCGGAGCGCGCGCGGGCGACGACGACCCGCACCGGCUCCUGCAGCAGCUCGUGCUCUCGGGAAACCUCAUCAAGGAGGCGGUGCGCAGGCUCCAGCGGGCGGUUGCCGCGGUCGCCGCCACGAGCCCGGCGAGCGCCCCGGGCUCCGGGGGUGGCCGAAGCGGACCGGACUCAGUCACCCUGCAGCCCUCGGGAGCCUGGCUCUGACCCGGGGGCCCUGGAGGAGGAGAAGAGGACGCGGCUACGCCGAUUCAACAGUUUCCUGCCCCGGACAGUCCGGAGCUGAAGCCGUCGUCCAUCCCGCGGGCCCCAGAGUUACCGGCCGCGCGAGGCUGUUAGAGAAAACGGACUCGACUGAGCAGCACCGGCAGCCGAAACCUGGGAUUACCAGGAGAACUGUGGCAGCUACUUGAUCGACUUGGACCUGACUUAGCAUCGUGUGCUUGGAUUGUUUAUAGAUGUUGCUCGCCGGGGCGGGAAUCGGGAGGGCUUUCUAACAAUACUUGAAAACGAAUAGUAGGCAUAUGUGGUCUCGUUAUUUUCGGGUGGAGACGCUUCCUGAAUAUGGUGCUACAGUUGCAGAGCUCUUUGCUGAUGCUGGGAUGAAGAAUGUAAAAACUUGGCGGUUGGGUGGGUUGGCAACGCCCGCUUUCUCCUACUUAGUUUGUGACGUUGAAGAUGGGAGAUGGGACCCGGUUGGUGAAUUCCCGAAAGUGGGGAGAGAUGAGUUCAAAUGGGGAAUUGUAAAUGACUUCACCUUGCCAACUUGGACUCAAGGUCAGGUUGGUUGUGAGUAGGGUGUUGUGGGAUUCUUGGGAGAGCUACUCCUGGUGUCUUUGUUUUUUUGAUCCAAGCGCGGACCUGUCUGCUUUGCCACCGCUUGGAGUCUCCCGAGGACACUUAGGCCAACAGGGCCGUGUAAGGAGAGUUAUUUGCUUUUUCGUGCUUUUCUCUUUCCAAAACUCCUCCUUCUGCUAGGCCCCUCUUGGCCAUGGCACCAGCUUUCUCAGAAACAGCUAUAAACAACCUCCUGUCCUCCCUGCCGCCAUCGUGUUUGUGGUGUGUGUGUGGGGUUGGCUGAAGGCCGUGGAAACCCUCUUCUGCUCUGUUUUGGCCCUCUGUAGUGUCGGAGGGAGCCUCUCCCGCUUCCUCACCUGCCAUUUCUCUGUGAGUGAAACAGUUUAAAAAUGUGACUCCGGGUGGAGAAACCGCUGGCUUUUCCCUUGUGAAACUUGAGGGCGUCCUUGCUGAGGUGCCACCCCCAAACAUUACGGUAGCUAACUUUUUUUUAAGAUUCAAUGGCUUGUUCAUCCUCCAGAUGUGGCUAUUGACGUACACUUCGCAACGGAGUGUCUGAAAUUGUGGUGGUCCUGAUUUAUAGGAUUCAUAAUUAAAAUGUCUGCUGAAUAAAUUUGGUUUUGUUUUGGAAAA